AUGUCAUCCAUCCCUGGGUAUAACGACAGCCUUGUGAGCCACCAAACCUUUGUCCUGAUUGGCAUCCCUGGGAUGCAGGAGAAGAACUCUUGGAUGGCCUUCCCACUGUUUGUGCUCUACGCCCUGACUCUGCUUGGGAACAUCACAAUCCUCUACGUCAUCAAGAUUGACCAAAGCCUCCAUGAGCCCAUGUACUUCUUCCUUUGCAUGCUUGCCUGCUCGGAUCUGGGCCUCUGCAUCUCCACCAUGCCAACCAUGCUGGGGGUCUAUUGGUUUGACUCGAGAGAAAUCCCACUCAAUGGCUGCAUCAGCCAGCUGUUCUUUAUCCACGUAUUUCAAGAGAUGGACUCUGGCAUUCUUGUGGCAAUGGCUUAUGACCGGUUCAUUGCCAUCCGUGAUCCACUGAGAUACAAAUCACUUCUUCCAAAUACAGUCACUGCAAAAAUAGGUAUAGCUAUCUUCUGCAGAGGUUUCUGUGUCUGCUUCCCUUGUCCAUUUCUUAUUAAACGGCUCCCUUUCUGCCGAUCUAAUGUGCUUUCUCAUUCAUACUGCCUCCACCCAGACACAAUGAAGUUAGCCUGUUCUGGCACAAAAGUCAACAUUUUGUAUGGUUUGGUAAUGGUCAUGUUUACUUUGGGGUUGGAUGUUGUGAUCAUUCUCAUAUCCUAUAUCCUGAUCCUGAAGACUGUUUUGAGCAUUGCGUCCCACCAAGAGCGCCUCAAGGCUCUCAACACCUGCGUCUCCCACAUUUGUGCCAUCUUGAUCUUCUACGUCCCAAUGAUUGGCGUCACUGUGGUACAUCGAUUUGGGAAGCACCUUUCCCCCAUUGUCCACAUGCUGAUGGCCAACAUAUACAUAGCGGUCCCACCACUUCUUAAUCCUGUUGUGUACAGUGUGAAGACCCAGCAAAUUCGGCAGAGGAUUUACAAAACUCUCCGUUUAAAAAAACCAGGGGCUGAUAUCUUUAUCAAAUGA